GACAGACAGACAGACACGUGAGAUACAGGUGAGGACAAGUGAGACAGACAGACAGACACGUGAGAUACAGGUGAGGACAAGUGAGACAGACAGACAGAUGAGACAGGUGUAAAAUUAAUUUUAAAGUUGUGUCUCACAGGUGGGAGGAGCUUCACACCUUUGACAGGUGACAAGUGCGAACAAGGUCACAUGACACAAGGUUGUCUUCAACGUGGCUCUAAUGUUCAUGUGAUUAUUGAUCCCGAUCAAUACAGUAAUGAUGCUGGGAUCCACUCAGACACUUCAAACAUUCACCUGUCGAAUACCCCGCCCCCACCAGCCCUCUCGGCCAAUGGGAGGCCUGUGCGUGUGCGUCCCUCUCCGUGAUUCGCUCUGCGUGUGUGUGUAUGUGAGAGAGAGAGAGAGAGAGAGAGAGAGAGAGAGAGAGAGAUGGAGAGACUCUCCGAGAGAGAGAGAGUGAGAGAGAGAGAGUAGGACUGAUGAGAAGAAAAGAUCCGUGGUCAGAGAGGCGGGAAAAAGGAGAGACAAAGGCGGGAAAACCACAGAUGAAAACAAAAGAAAAAGAGUAGAAAGAAAAAUAAAGUCGCUUUUCUUCUUCUUCUUCUUCUUCUUCUUCUUCUUCUUCUUCUUCUGUAUCAUGGCGGGCUGCUCCAACACCCCUCUGUCCCGGACCUCCACCCCACCCACCGACCCCAUCUUCCACUCAGACCCGCCUUACGGCGCUCCCAACCCGGCCAGCUCCCCGCGGUUCGCCGCCGCCGCCGCCGCUCGCUUCUCCGGAGCUCCGGCGCACAGCGACUGCGCGAUGGUGGAGGUGCGCGGCGUGAAGGUGGCGUCGUUCACGGUGAGCGGCGUGGAGCUCAUCUGCCUGCCGCAGGUGUUCGAGCUGUUCCUGAAGCACCUGGUGGGCGGACUGCACACCGUGUACACCAAGCUGAAGCGGCUGCACAUCAGCCCGGUGGUCUGCACCGUGGAGCAGGUGCGCGUGCUGCGGGGACUCGGCGCCAUCCAGCCCGGCGUCAACCGCUGCAAACUGAUCACCAGGUCCGACUUCGACACGCUGUACCGGGACUGUACCAACGCCAGCUCUCGACCCGGUCGACCGCCGAAGAGAACUCUGGGCGUGGCCACGAUGAGCGAGGGCUCCAGACUCCUGCCACACGGUCUGCUAAGCCCCGCCCUGCUGUCACAGACAGGUCUGACGGCGGCGAUGGCCGAGGCCCUGAAGCUGCAGAAGAUGAGGAUGAUGAUGGGUUUCCAUGGAAACAGCGACCAGCAUCGACAUCGCAAUGGAGCGGAGUCUGACAACGAUGAAACAGGAGGCAGUGAAGGAUCCUGGGAGAAGGAGCAGCGUCUCCUCCCCCCUCACUCCUCAGGUGUGGCACCACCUCCUCUUUCAGCGUCUCACCGCCUCAACACUCUGCAGCAACACAGCUCCCUGUUGGCCAACCGCCUUUCCGACAUUCCUUUUAUGGUCAUGCCACACCACCUCCUCCCUGUUGGCCUGCCUCCUGCCAGUGUCGCCAUGGCGGUGAACCAGAUGAGUCAGCUGAGCAGUUUGGCAAACAUGGCCGCCGUAUCGCAGCUCCAGGCGGAAGAGGGAAAGGAGUCCCCUUCUGUAAGCCCCUCCCCCUGCCCCUCCCCCAGAGAUGAUGAGCUCCAUCCACCGGAACCAACCAGCCAAUCACCUUCCAGAGCUUCUUCAUCAUCAUCGUCAUCAUCACCUCCACCUGCACACACACCUGAGCUGGACGACAGCGCGUUGCCCCUCCCCGUCCUCAAACCGACCAAUGAGAGGCUGCCACUCACCUCUCAUCCGCUGUCAGUCAACCACGCAAACCACACCUUCGCCCCGUUCCUAUUGGCUGAGGGCCUGUCGUCAAUGGAAACGCUGCUGACCAACAUACAGGGUCUCCUGAAGGUGGCGAUGGAGGGCGCUCGCUCUCAGAGCAAACAGAACCAACUGGAGAGAAAAGAUCUGAAACUGGAGCUGGAGCGAGAGAGAGACGUCCGACAGACGCUCCAGAGACAGCUGAGCACCGAACUACAGACCAGAGUGUCGAUGCAGAGGAGGCUGAAGAAGGAGAAGAAGGCGAAGAGGAAGCUGCAGGAGGCGCUGGACGGCGAGUGGAGGAGGAGGCAGCAGGUGGAGCGAGCGCUCAAACACUGCGACUCCCUCACAGACUUGGUGACUCCGGAGAACGAGGCGGAAAACAAACUGCGGGAAAACUUGGCUGCUCACGAGAACCAGACGUUCACCAAACCUCCGCUCGUCUUCUGAGCGAGAUGAACGGAUGAAGUGAUGAAGAGGAGGAGGAGACUUUUUAUUUCCUGAAAAUACAAAUGGACCAAUCCAAACAAAAUACUCAAAAUCCCAUCAUCCACCUCUCUUUUUGCUUCCUGUUUGGAACAAGACUUCUUACUAUUAUUAUUGUUGUUAUUAUUAUUAUUAUUAUCAUCGUUGUCAUAGCGGCUUGUGGAUGGUAGUGGACAACCUGAAGAGGGAGGGGCUUAAUGUGCCUGUCACUUGACCCCCCCCAGCCCCGCCUCUGCUGUAAAAAGCUGUUGGUUGGUUGGUUCCACCUGCAGGGGGCGGAGUCACACGCAAAAGCUUUUAUAAACAUGUAUUCAGAGUUUCUGUGCUAAAUGUGUAUUAUACUGUUGAAAUGAAUGUGUUGUAGUACUGGUGCUACCUGUAGUAGUACCUGUAGUACUGCAGUGUUUAUCACGACCAGACGUCAUUGUGUGAUUCGUUCAUACUCGUGUCACAUUAUCUUGUUUUCCUGUUUUUAAAUCAAACCUGCUCAAGAUCAAUUAAACAUGAACGCCGUCAGAGUCUUUACUUCUUCGAGUUUAGACUUAGUGACACAAAGUCAGAAUGUGCCCAUUUCCUGGGUCUUGCUGUCAUGACUGGUCCUCACAAAGGUAGAACAACCAAAUACACUCGCGCAGACGACUAUUACCGUGUGUGUGUGUUUGUGUGUUCUGGUUGGUCGGCAAUAUCUGUCACUAUGAUGAAUGUGACCAAUCCGAGCGAGCGUUUGGUUCGGAACAAAGGAAACUGACAUCGUCGUCAUUACGGUCAGAACUGUUACAUCAUCAAUAAUAUCAAUAAACUUUAUU